CAAAUUGUCAAUCAGAUUUUUUGUUUAGUCAAAAUAUUUAUAAUUUCGUCGUAAUCUGAGGGUAAUCAUAAUAAGAAAAUGUGUAAAACUGUCCAAAUAUGAUAUAAGCGUAAAAUUAUGUGUUGAACGAGCCGCGAGGAAUUGAGAAAGGUAGAUUAAUCAACGAUAAACUGGAGAAACUUUCUAAUUGCCGUCGAGAACAACAGAAACGCUGGCAAAAUGGCGUUUUCAAUACGUAAAAUGUUUUCAAACAUAUCUUAUUUUUCGAAAUCUGGUGAACAGAGUCAAUCCAAUGAGCACCCAGUGGACGAAAGCGUAGCAAUUUCUUCUUCAAGGCCUGAGUCGUCGCAGACCAUAGAAUUUGUGUCUAUCGAGCCAGAUUCUACGUCGAAACCCCAUGCAACAAGUUUGAAGCUUCCAACAUCAGUCAAAAACUUCGCAGCGAAGAAAGGGUCGCUGUCUGAUACCGACCUCCUUAAUAUAGACGAGGUGAGCACUAGAGGCCGCAAACCUAAAAGCCGCAGUUUGAAAAUAGAUAUCAAACAAGCCAGUCGCUCCAUGAACGAGUCUUUGUACCAAGGAGACCGCCAGCACAACGAAAAUACACCCCCACAUAUCUCUUUAGACUGCCAGAGCGCUAAUCUCUUCAGUCAAAGGUUUAAACAGCUUAACUUCAGCCAGUCUUUCGAGUUUGACAUAUCAACGGAGUCCGAUGAGGAGUUAGAUAUUGAAUCUCUAUCCGAAUGCUCCGACACGGACCUUUCGGGUAAAGAAGACAAGAAAUCAAGGGUCAAAAUGUGCCGUAAGGUUGAUACGACCAGUGAUAACCAGUUGGUGCGUACUGGUACUCCUGAAUCCUUCGGUGAUGUCGAACUAGAAAGGAACGAAGAAGAACGAGUCUCCUUGUUACUAAGCUACCAGAUGAAGUUGGAGAAAAUUGAAUGUGUUCUGCGGAAAUUGCUUGCGGAAUUCCAAUUCCACAUUGAAGUUGCCAAAAUAUUCACCUGCAGGUCUUUUGUGACUAUGUUACCUGGUACGGACCUAUCUGAGAUACCGAAGAUGUUUGGUCAAGUUACAUACAUCAAUCAUGGGGACCGUGACAGCCCGGUGGAGUCCUGGAACUUUGUGAUAGACAAGGAGGAUGAUGAAACGAAGUACAAGUUCCGGAAACAAAUGCUUGAUCUGCGACACUCCUUGGAUACUUUUGUUGGGACCUACUUGCAGGAGGAAGUGAAGCCCAAGGCUAUGUUCCGCCGCAGCAUCACAUUCGACCUUCACAAAGGCAAGCGUUUACACAAAACCGGGAAAGUUACUAAUAAGAAGCGCAUCAAACACUUUGAUUUCCCAGAUUACCGAGAUGCCUUCCUGAAUCUCUUCAAAGAGACUGAGUCUGAUGAGACAGACACCCAUUUAGAGCAUAGCAACGAUGAGUCUGAUCACAAAUGCUCCUGCCAGUGCCAUAACCAUUCCAUCAGCCAAUCGGACUCCGGUUUGGUGACAAAGGAUAGCAUGUCCAACCAAUCCAUUACGUCUUCCAUCGGAAACUUCAGCUUAGAUUCGACCACACUGUCUGCCUUCUCCGAGUCCCUAGACCAAGUGAUCAGCUACAACAGUUUCGAAGACUCAACGCUAUUCAACACUCUACAGCAAAAACCGGCCAUCGAACGCAUAACAUUCUACGUACAAGUCCACAGCAUACAGAUCCGGAGUGAACCGGAGAAUGAUGAAUGCAAGAAUUCCAUCACGUUCUUCUGCCCAGCUUGUUCUACUACAGAAGUUGAAGAAGAUGGGCUUCUGAAGCAUAUUUUGAGCCAAACACAUUGUGAGAAGAUUCAUUUCUUGUAUAAGAGUGUCUACAUCAAGAAGUGUGUGGCUGGUGGAAAAGAGAUCCAGCCCAGUACGGUCCUGAACCCAAUGACUAUGUACCGAGAUGAUAACAAGAUAGUUUGCUUCGGAGAUGCUGUGUAUGCCUGUUCGUUAUGCUUUGAGAAUCCGAUCGUUGGUGAGUCCGUACUAAUGGCACAUUGCAGCGAUGAAACGCAUGCAGACCGCAGAGAGAAGAUGUAUGAAAUGUUUGAUUAAAAAUGCUAUAGGUGAUGUAUCUUUUAUCUCUUUUCUUCUAUAGAUCAGUUCUUUCUCUCUCUCUCUCUUUCUAAACGACUUUGAAUAACGAAUAUGCAUGCGUUUGGUUUAGCAGUUAAAAGCGAAAGGGCUCUGUUAUCUUGUCUUGCUAUGCAAUUUUUUUGUGUUUUAAAUCGCUGGCGAUGUUUUUAAGUGUGAUUUUUGUGUGAAAAUUGUCGAAAAAGAAAGCUCUUUCGCUUUUAAAAAUAAUUUUUGUAUGUAGUUAGUGUAGGAAUGACAUUUAUUAAAAAAAAAAACUCAUUUUUUUAACUAAUUUUUUCUGUUAUAUUUUUUUACAAGUGAAUGAGAUCUGUUUUUUUUAAUUUUUUCGUAUUUACUCUCCUGUCUUUUUUGUGCGUUUACAAAAAUCGACAUUAAUUUUCGUGGGUUUUUUUUUUCAAUUUUUAUGUAUUUUAUGAAUUUAUUAGCCAAGGGGAAUUUUGAUGGAAGGGUGCUUUUGGAUCCAAGUAGUGCAAUACCUAAUAUUGUGUUCAGCAAUGUCCAUUGUCACAGUUUUAGUGAAAUAAUAAUGAUAUGUAAAAAUCCAUGUUUCUCUAGUUUUUUCGAUUUUUCGUUAGAAGUUAACAAUUUUGACUUCGCGUUUCUUGUUUCUGUAUUUUUCUCUAAAAUCUUUUUUGUUAUUAAACUGACAUGGUCACUAAUCCUAUCAUUAGAACUUGAGACGGGAUAUUUACCAUGUUCAUUUAUUUUAUGUCUAUGAAUUUCCGAUAUUUCGGCACUGUUGCAAGCGCCAGAGCGGAAUUCAUCCGUGAUCAUGGCAAAUAUCCUGUCUUAAGUUCUAAAAACAAUCUUUUUUGUCUUGUAAACUGUUUAAAAAACUCGUUUUUGUUCUUAAUAACGUAACAAUUUCAUUUAUUGUUUAUACACUUUAGCAUAGAGGGCAGGCCAAUAAGAAUGCGUUAGUAUUUUUAUCUAUUAUUAUUUUGAAAUGACUCAAAAUAUUAUAUGUAUCAGCCAAACUUACACUUUGUGAAACAGCCAAUAACUCAAGCAGUAUAGAUAUACU